AUGGCUACUCCAAAAGGUACUCUGGUUGCCGCAGGCUUCAUAAUUUUCCGGCGAUGGUCUCAAAGUAUUCAAUAUCUGCAGCUUCAAACGUCUUACGGUAAACACCACUGGACACCACCAAAAGGUCAUGUUGAUCCUGGUGAAUCUGAGUUGGAGACAGCCAUGCGAGAAACUGAGGAAGAGGCUGGACUCAAGAGGAACGAUUAUAAAGUAAUUAGUGGAUUUAAGAAAACUUUGCACUAUCAUGUUGGAGGCAACCUGAAGCGUGUUGAGUACUGGCUUGCUGAACUUAAAAAUCCAGAAACUCCUGUAAUAUUAUCAGAUGAACAUCAGGACUAUAAAUGGCUCGAAAUUACUGAUGCACAAAAGUAUGUGUUCUAUAAAGAAAUGCAGGAUGCCCUAGCUGCUGCUCAUGAAUACGUCUUGAAACAAUAG